AUGCUCUGAAUGUGUAAAAAGCUGAGUGGGCAUAGUUGAUUCUUGUUUUGUAGCAAAAUGGCAAGAGGAAAAUAUGUCUGUGACUUUGUAAGAGGGUCCAACUUCAGUCACAAAGGCUGCUCAGCUGGCUGGCAUUUCAAUAGGAACAGAGACUUGUGGGAUCGAUGCCAUGUUGUUCUGGCUGCUCCCAACACAUUACUAAGACACUUCACGUUGGUUCUUCCUUUGAUUUGUCACCCGUCUGUAUCUGUGUGUUAGUUUUUGUUCAUGCCAAAAGAGGAGAAAAGGCAGAUGUUAUAUUCUUAAAAAGAAACUGCUGAAGUUUUGUUUCUCUGCAAAACAAACAGGUGUGCGGUUGAGGUUAUAAAAGCGGACAAGGAAGUCCUGUCCAGUGUGAUCAAAAUAUCAGUAAACAGAUGCUGGUUCCUGUUUUCGUUUUCUGUUAGGUCACACCACAAAUUCUGAGUUACCUCUCUGUGACGACAGGUUUUCAGUCCAAUAAUUUCUUGUCCAGGGCAUUUACUUUGCUCCCUCUGUUGUCUCUGCACCAAAGCAGAAGUGUGACUUCACGCUCAGUUAUGUAACCAUAACUCACCAUUUCCUCUCUGAAACCUUUCUAACUCUGCAGCAUUGUUAAAGUAAACUCUGAACUGUCACAUUAAGCUUCACCUGUGACCUUAGAAUGACGUUUUUUUUCUCCUUACUCGAUUCGAGCUCCUCUGUGGUGUGAACAGGUUAUUUCUCACAGCAAACCCAGGUCUAAAUCAGUGUAGAAGUGGAUGGAAACUUUCGGGCUAUAUUUACGGCCGGGAUUUUUUUUUUUUUUUUAACCGAGAUGAAAGUCCCCUCUCUGUGUGUAUGAGCCGGUUCAGUUAAGACUCUUUUAUUUAGACUUCCUCCGCUCGGGCCAGGGAAGCCCAACAAUAGAGGCACGUGAAACACGAGAGAACAUGAUGUAUUAUUAAUAAGGCGAGGAAUCCUAGACAUAACUCAACUUCACAUAACCUCUCGAGUUUUGCUCAAAUAUAUGGCUGACUAUAGGUGUCUUAAUCUGAGUGUGUUUUCCUGUUUGGCCCCAAACUUGGAGCAAAUAAACUCAAAUGCAGUUUAUCAUAUUUUUUUACAUUCAAAUCCUUAGAAUUAAAGUCUUGUUUAAACACCUAGUUUACAAACAGCGCCUGCAGUAAACCCACAGGCCCGCAGUUUGCUGGAGUGUCUACCAAGUCUACUAUGUCUCAGGAUAUCUGACACAGGACUGCUGCUAAGUCGUAAUGGCAGCACAAAGUGUCGUGUUACCGGCCCGUUGCUACAGCGAUGUUGCUGAGCAACAUCCGAUAACAUUAAAGACAUGCUGAGAUCAGGUUAGAUAACUGUCUCUGAUCUGCUUUUGCUUUGUGUCACACCAGGGCAGCCGUUUGGCGAUUUCAGCACCCGGGACAGCGCCUGGUCCCGGUGAACAGCUCCACUCAGGUUCGAAGGCAUUUUUGUUUGUUUGUUUUGUUGACAUAUUAGUUUAUUUUGAAAGUAUGGAUGGUUGCCUCACAAACACUAAGGAAUUUAGGGAUAAGUCUGUGACCCUGAAAGACUCCGUUUAGAGGAAUGUUCAGGAAAAUCAAUAAUGUGUUCCGUCCCAACCAUCAUGGACACAGAGGGAGAGAUGGUGGUGGUGGUGGUGGUGGGUUCCGGUCCGAGCAGGACUACCACAACGCCUGCACCGUCAGGCUGGUCCGCAGCACCUCCAUGCUCGUGGUGGGAGAGAAAACUCAGGCGGCCGUGGGCUCGACUUUAAAACGGAGCAAAAGCACAGUGAGCAUCGAGUCGACCCUGUACUAUUAUCAGAGACAAGAGGACAGGAUAUGGCUCUACUCUCAGAAUCAGAACUGCCUGGAGUACCUGGAGGCACUUGUUGCUUUGAGGCGGCAGUACACGAAGAGUGUGAAUGACUUGAAAAGCAGCGACAUUAAGGCCACAGUGUCCUCCAAAAAGAAGCCUGCACCUCCACCACCUAAUAAGGAAGAACCGAUACAAAGAGCCAAACCCUCCGCCCCUCCGGUCCCCAGCGAGGAGGACACUUUGCAGUUCUUUGAUGCGGUCAUCGCCAGCUGCGACAACGAGCCUCUGCGCAAACCUUACAUGGAUGAUGGACACGCAGAUGUGGAUUUCAUAGUGGCCUCCAGCUCAGCUGAACACGACCUCCACUCGAAUUGGGUCUUGCGGGUUCCUCGGGUCACAGAUGACUCCAAGCAGAAAGUGGUUCAUAACUGUGCCAUUGAAAGUGCCCCCAAGAAGAAAAGCCAGAGCGGGUCCACAAGCAGCAGACUGCGACUUCAGAGGAACCCGAUCCACCUGCCCAAAGUGGUGGAGAGCGCAUUCCAGACUCUGCGCUUCAAGCCCAAAUUAAAAAAGCAGUGAAGCUUGAUGGACAUUUGAAGCCAAGCAGCACCGCCACGCUGUUGACGUAAGAGCCCAACCUAGUUUGUUCUGGACAGACACCAUGUUCUGCAUGUUCUGUUCUGUCUGGACAGUUAACACUGACAUAAAAAGUAAGUGUAAUGUUAAUAAAGCAAACAAAAUUAACAUAACCAGUUACAUAAAUUCAAUUCCUCCUGUUCCAAAAUGGGCCUUUUUCUAAGCAGACAUUUUGACCAUUCAUAGUAAGAAACACAGAGGUGUUACUAAUAACAUUAACAAUAGCUCUGAUUUAUUCCAUGUCUCUCAGUAAGCCAUGACAAUGUUACAGAGAGCCAGCAGGCACAACACCAGGACCUUGCAGUUAAAUGGAUCCAGUCAUCAUUCAUUUUAUUAUUUACACCUGUGCCUUUCUGACUGUCAUGUCAAAAAAGGAGAAAAAGCCCUAUCCAGUAUCAUUUGUUACACAGAUUCUUUCAACAGUUGCACAGAUAAUAAUCUCAAUUGAUAUCUGAUUGAGAUAUAUCAGUAGGGUGCCACAUUAAAGGGAAAAUACAACUUUGAUGUUUGCAUCAUAAUCCAAAAUAAAAAUUCCUUAAUUCCUUCUAACAUCUCAAGAUUA